AACCCAAAAAUUAAACAACAAAUGCCAGAUUGUCAAGACAAAAAAUCAACAACAAUAAUUGAAAAAUUAACUAAUUAAAAUAUUAUGGAUUCUUACAUAAUACAGCUCAGGAGAGCUUGGUCCAACCAGGAUGGUGAUGAACUUGCGAAUUUAUUAUCAUUGAGAUAUCGUCAUUCAUUUUCAAUACUAAUAUCUGAAUCAUCAAUGAUAAAAAUUGUUGAACAUUUACCAGCACCAUUUGAUGAUCUUGUUCUUCUUCAUUUAAAAACUUUACAAUCAGCUGAAAAAAAUGAUCAUAAAUCAGCAUAUAAUUAUCAAAGUCAAAUAGUACAAUGUGUCAUUAAAAUAUUACAAUUACAACGUGAAGAAAAUUGGAUGUUACCAGUUAUGAAUGUAAUAUGUUUAGAGCUAAGAUUACUAGCAGUACAAGCUGAAAAUUCAAAGAAAAAAAAUAUAAAACCUGGUGAAUUACUUGAAAAUUGUGCUGAAUGUCUUAUGGGUUGUUUUCGUGUAUGUGCUGCUGACAAUAGAAGCUCCGAGGAAUAUACUAAAAAAUGGGGAAUGUUAAGUCUUGUUAAUCAAUUAUUAAAAGUUUAUUUUAGAAUAAACAAAUUACAUCUUUGUAAACCACUUAUACGUGCUAUUGAUUCAUCAGCUUAUAAAGAUCAUUUUCCCUUGGCACAGCGUAUAACAUAUAAAUUUUUUGUUGGUAGAAAAGCCAUGUUUGACAGUGACUAUAAAUCAGCUGAUGAAUAUUUAACAUAUGCAUUUGAGCAUUGUCAUAAACAAUCACCCAAAAAUAAACGUCUCAUAUUGACAUAUCUUGUUCCUGUUAAAAUGCUACUUGGUUACAUGCCAAAACAAAGUCUAUUAGAAAAAUAUAAUUUAAUGGAAUUUUGGGAACUUGUUGAAGCUGUUAAACGUGGUGAUUUACGUAAACUUGAAACAGUCAUGACAGCACAUGAAAAUUUUUUUAUAUGUGCUGGUAUUUAUCUUAUUGUUGAAAAAUUAAAGCUACUUGCAUAUCGUAAUUUAUUUAAAAAAGUAUGGCUUGCUAUGGGUACACAUUUAAUACCAAUUGAAAAUUUAUUAACAGCAUUACAAAUGUAUGACAUUGAAGAUAUUGAUAUGGAUGAAACUGAGUGUCUUGUGUCAGUAUUAAUUUAUGAAGGCAAAAUUAAGGGAUAUAUAUCACAUCAACAUAAAAAACUUGUUAUUUCAAAACAAAAUCCAUUUCCAACAUUAUCAUCAAUUAUUUAAUUUAAUUAUUAUUAUAAUAUAAAUUAGUUUUUAAUAUGGAUUCAAUAAAUAAUACAAUUUUUUAUGUUUUUUAUUUUUUUUAUUUACUUGAUUAUAUCACUUUCUAUCCUGAAUAAUAAUAUCAUUAAAAUGGCAGAGACUCAGCACUAUAUUUUUACAUGUUUUAUAAUUUAUUAAAUAAAACAAAUAAACAAAUUUUUUUUAAGAGUUAAAAUUAUAUUAAUUGUUUGUCAGUUUAAUUGACUAACAGAAAAAAAAAAAUACUAGUAUUUGGUCAUGAUUGCUCAACCCAUUUUACAAAGUCAAUGAUUAAUUAAUUUUUUAACAAAAUGAGAUUAUUUUACUGUUAUUAUUUAGGGCCAUAAUAUAUGAGAAUUUAAUUUUAAACAUUUACUUUAUAAUUAUUAUUAUUACUUUUGUUACAUUUUUUUUUUUUUUAAUUAAACUUUUGGCACGUGAAAAAAAAAUUAAUAGUUAUUGUCAAUUGACAAGUUAAGUUUGUAUAUUUUACAUGCCCUUAGUUUAUUUAUUUUUCUUUUUUUUUUAAAUUUUUUAAAUUAGCUGUUUUUAAUGUUUUUUUUUCUUUU